UUAUUACCCUGUUAAUUACUGUUAUUUUUUCUCGUAUUUUCGAUUUUUUUCUUGUUGCAAUUUAUAGUAUUUUCCUAGCGAGGAUCUCGUUCAAUUUCUUAUUUGCUGCGAAUGCUUGGGAACAGAUCUCAUAGACCGGCUCCGAAGAUAUUUUGAUGAGAAAAUUGUCGCCGAAUAGAUGUUCUAUUUAGAUUCGAUUUGAUAUUUUGGAUUUGAUAGAAUUGUUUCUGAAUCGGUUAAUCGACAUCCUAACUUUGCAGGAUUGAUUCCAAAAAUCGGCAUCAAAGAUAUUUUGAUGAGAAAAUUGUCGCCGAAUAGAUGUUUUAUUUAGAUUGGAUUUGAUAUUUUGGAGUGGAUCGGUAGAAUUGUUUUCUUAAUCGAUUAACUGUUAUUCAUAUCAUUUCAUUUCAAAGAUAGGAUGCAAAAAGCUGAUUGUGUAAUUGGCUUUGUAAAUUUUGACAUUGAUCGAGCUGUUUGUCGAUCCCGUCGUCGUCUUUUUGUCUCGAUUGUUUCAUCUUUAUUCUGUUUUCUUGUAAUCUUUAUUCGAUUUUCGCCAAUUGAGUUUUCUAAAGAUUUGACCAUGUUUUAUUAAAAGACAACUUACGUUCCCGCCAUGGAUCGAAGAGAUUCGAACAACACGUUUGCUCGAGGAGAGCAGCAUAUUUUGCGCAAUCCAACCAACAUAUCAGGCAAGAGGCCAUUAUGUUUGGACUCGGAGAAGCCGAAUAAUGAAAAUAAGGUCACUCAAUGUGAAGAGCCUGCAGUUUCUGCACACCAAGAUAUCAAUAGCGAGUCGCAAUUUCAUGCAAGUAACAAAGAGAAUGUAGUGAAAGGCAAAGGAAUAAUAGAAGCUCCACCGGGAAGUCAUAGACACGUCUACGAUCGAAAGGGGAAGUGUAUCGACACGAAGGAAAACAUUCCUCCGUACUUUGGUUCGAGAGAGUUGUCACCGGAGAUGAAAGAAGAUUGCAAGGAGGAUUAUGAAACAGAUAAUGUAGAUACAGUGAGAACGGAAAAUAGGUUGAAGUUUGAUGCCGGGGGAUGUUCUUCACGAUACGAUCCUUUAGGGUGCUCGAGACCGUCUGGGCCACUAAAUUCGGAAAUGGGUGGUUCAAAAGAAUUUUUAAAUAUACAUGCUGCUCCAAAUAGUGAGAGCAUCAAGGGACAAAGCUGCGUCAAUUUGGACAAAUCAUGUACUUGUUCUUUCUGCGUUAAAGCUGCUUAUAUGUGGACGGAUCUCCAAUACCAGGACCUUAGGGGCCGGCUCGCUGCAUUGAAGAAGAGCAGAGGACUUGCCAGGAAGUUGUUGGGCAGUUGUUGUGAUCAUGAACCUGCCCGCAGGACUACUUCAGAAAGCUCACAACAAUCUGCAGACACGGAAUUUCAACUUAUGGAACAGUGGAGGUCACUAUUCCUUUAUACGGAGAAUGCCCUUGAUCGUGAGACAUCGAAGAUUCAAUCCACACUUCAGAGGAUGGGCGAGCUGAGAGAAAACUGCAAGAAAGAUCUUCUCAAAACCAGCAAAGGUUCUUUAGAUUAAUACUAAUGUGCGAUACUUACUUUUUGACCGACAUGAUGCCUCCGAAAUAAUCUUUUGUAAUUGAGUUCUAAUCAUAGUGUAUUGAGUCAAUGUCGAUGAGAUUCAAGCUAUCUCUAACAAAGUGAUUGUAAGCUAGAAUCUUAGUUCUUGUAAAUAGUCCUUGAAUUCGAAAAAAAUAAAAUAAAAACAAUAAUGUCAGGAACAUUUGGUUUCACUGCA